AUGACGGCCCCAUUCACCUCCAAACCAAAGUUGGUGACGAGAUUGAAGAUGUCAGCCCCUCCACCACCAACACCCAGCGCGCCCAAGGUCAAGAUGUGGUCUCACAUUGUCUCGGGCGAUGUCAAGAAGGACAACGUCAAGCAGAAAGAAAACGUCAAGGAGGUGGACGAAACUCAGGAGGAUGGCAAUGCCUUGUCCUGGUCUCAACGAGCUUCCUGCAAUGUCAGCUCAGGAGCCUCCCAAGGUGAAUUUCCGCAAUUGAGCAACAAUGCACCAUUCUCGGGCGCUGCCAACCAGGGCUUGUGGGCAGGACAAGCUGCUAGAAACCUGGGAGGACCUGGUACCGGCCCUAGAACCCCAGCCUCUGCAAUGCCUCAGUCUCAACAAGACGACCUUUUUUCUCCGGCCUCCAGACUUCCAUCCAGUCAAAAUUCGUUUCGAUUUGGUAGUCAGGCUAGUAUCGGCCAGGCGCAGCAACCUCAGCCCAGUGGUGGUGAUGAGUUCCCACCAUUGAACAGGAACGGCAACGGUGAGAUUGGUCAAGACCGAGUCGCAAACAUCAUGUCUGGAUUGAAUCUCGGCUCUCAAGGUCCUGUCGCGUCUUCAUCAACGCAGGCUAGGGGCUCUGGUAACGGACUUCUCAAUGCUGUCACGGCAAACACUCGCGCCUCUGAGGCCCGUUCGCCUGUUGGUACGCGACCAUCAGAAGGACGAUCCUCGAUCGCCGAGGAUGAUGCGCGACAGAAAUCAGCAUUUCGCGAGGAUGGCUCUGCACCUCAACCGCCUCUGUCGGACGGGCCAAAUCAAGGCACAGAAACUCGCAACCCUCUCGGUGCUAUCGGCAACGACGCGUCAAGCAACAAAGGUGCUGAAUUGCCUGCUGAAGCUUCGUCUUCCGCAGCUCAAGAGCCUCUUGCUGGCAUGUCAGAAGCAGACAAAUGGGGUAUUAAGGGCCUGCUGACGCUGAUGGCGAAGUAUCCUUCCUAUCACGCCCUGGUCCACGGCCUAAAUCCUGCGGAAUUGGGUCUUGAUCUGAGCAGCGAAGCUCGCAUUACCGAACAGACUUUCUCGCUCACCAGCCACGAACCACCAAAGCCACCACAGCCAAAAUUCAGCCUUCCAGAGUGCUACACCGUCAGGAAUACGCAGCCCAUUGAACAGAAAAUGCCAAAUUUCACCGAGGAAACCCUACUUUACAUGUUCUACUCUAGUCCGCAGGACAAACAUCAAUACCUGGCUGCCCAGCAACUAUACCAGCGUGGUUGGCGUUGGCACAAAGAUCUGCGUGUGUGGCUGACGAAGGAUGUGGAGAUGCAACCAGUAGCGGUCAACCCAGAAGCUGAGCGAGGAUACUACGUGAUCUGGAACGCCGAGACUUGGGCGAGGAUGAGACAAGAGCUCACCCUCUAUUACGCGGAUCUCGAGACCUUCCCCGAACUCCCUCCAGGGCCUCAUUCUUAG